AUGACCAGAGGCAUGCGUCACACAAACGUCAAUCGCGACGGAAGGGGUGAUAGUGAACGACUCCCAGCGACCCGUCGUGAAUGUUCACUCUACACUUCGUUCUCGCAAGCUGGACACACCAUCUUAGAGACGCACAAUGGAGCGGAGGCUGGUUAUUCGGUCGCUGCGCAGGCUCGUGGUUGUUCAAGCGUUGCAAACCAAUCUGCGGUGUAUCCCGGCUCGCAGGGUCGAUCUACGCGGUCGUCCAAUCCAUCGGAGCUGCGGCCAUGUCGACCCGCAUGCUACAUUGACCGCUUACCCAACGAGCUUCUAUGCGCGAUCUUCAUUCUUUGCGGUUAUCCAAACCUGGUCUCUGGCUUCCCUCGCGACACGUUCAUGCAUGACCUUGACGUAUACCACCAAAGGAUUCGGCCCUACAGCAGAACGGCUGUUCUGCUCGGUCGUGUGUGCUCCCGGUGGUUCGUCGUAACGCGCAACUAUCCCGCGUUGUGGACCCUCGCCGAUGUGCUCUAUCCAGGACGCGGGGGCCUUAACACGCUGAUUUGUUGCUUGAACUAUUCCGCCGGGCUCCCUAUCGCGCUGCAUAUAUGUGAUGCGAUACCUCUGGCCAACGACAGCAAAGGACCGGACAGUCGUUUCAUGCCGCUCGUCGCGGCUAAUGCCAAUCGAUGGAAGGAGCUGUCCGUAUAUCUGCUGGACUGUCAGGAUGUGAAACCCCUUCUUGCGCCACCUCCUGGCUCAUUCACCUCUCUGGAUAGAGCCCAUCUAUGUUUUGUUCGGGGAAAGACUGAUGCCUCCAGUCCCGAUACUCAAUUAUGGCGCUCACUCUUCACCUCACCUCAUCUUCGUCAUGCGAACUUAACCCGGGCUCAAUAUGUUUCCGCUGGCCUGGCGGUGGCCCCCUUCGGUCAGCUCAGCAGUCUCGGUGUCCGUCUUUCCUCGCCCGACCAAAUUUCUUCCUUACUCAGUCAGCGUCUGGACAAUCUGGAAGUCCUCUUGAUCGAUGUCGAUGACUACGGACCAGACGAGCAGAACGACAGCCCACACCAUCCCGUCUGUCUUCCACGCUUGACCGCUUUGAUGCUAUGCGGCGCGAGCUCGAAACCUUCACCGCUCUUCAAGCAAGUGACUGUGCCCGCUCUUGUCCGACUGGACAUCUCGUGCGGCAUAAUCCAACCACAGGAGAUCGAGGAUAUGAUCAGGAGGUCAUCCGCGCGUAUCAGAAUGUUGACCCUUUAUCGGCUGCACUCCAGGCAGGCGGACAACAUAGUCGCGUUGCUACGGAGUCCAACCUUACUGUCGUUGCGGAUUUUGCGGUAUGUGUGCCAAAGAGGUUAUAUGCCCUCGAACCGAGACAAGACAUUCGACAUGACCCCUUAUGUACCACCGCAUGUCGAUGUUUUCACCGAGCAGUAUUCCGUGGCCGAAGCAGCGUACGAGUCUCUGUACAUGUAA